AUGUCGAAGUUGUCGGUUCCUCUCGGGCGCCGCUUGUUUGCUUCCGUUUUCGAACCAUCAUCGCCAGCCCCGUGCUUCCAUAGCCCUGCGAGAUUCGCCGUCGCUGGCUUCCGUGCUGGCCAGGCAACAAAUCAUACACCUAAAUACUCGAAUCGACGACCGAUACAUACCGAGCGCCCCUCUGCACAAUCGUCCGGUCCGAACGGAGCCUACACGAAGAGAAGUUUUACGAGCAGUGGUCUGCUCCUAGUCGGCCUGACCACCAAUGCUUCCACUUCUGUUCCACCAGGCGCGGUAGCAACGCCUGGCAAUGUCGUGUCUGAGGCAGCAUCGGCAGGGCUCUCCAAAAACGCCAAAAUUCAGCAACUCGCGCGCCUCGCAUGGCGAAGGAGUACACAUACCGACGCCAGGAGAGGCGCCCGCGUCGAGGGCAAGAGGUAUAGCAGCUCGAAGAGCAACAGUAAGGACGUCGACAGCAAAACCAGCGGCGCUUCGCAGCCUUUGAAGCACGACACGCCCAAGCCGCCCGAUCCCAACAAGCCGGUCACCCCCGAACACCAUCACGAUGACCCCGAGUCUAUCGCUACGACCAUGUCGAAAUACCUACACAUGCCCAAGAUGCCGCACAGGCCAACAAGAGAGGAGCUGCUGGCCGCGGCCAAUGGGUUUUGGGAACGAUUCGGCGUUCGCUUCAAGUGGGCGUCCAUCAGGAGCAUGCGACCCUGGAAUAUUGACGAGUGGGGGGCCUUUGUCUCCUGGUUCCUCUUCGGGCAUCUGGUCUGGAUCCUCGUCGGUACUACGACCUUUGUCUCACUCUGCAUCCUGUCUAUCAACACAGUGGUUGCUCAGGAAACUCUCGCUCGCUGGGUAGGCGAUUCCCUGACUGAAUCAGCCGGUGUCACGGUCGUCUUCGAGUCGGCUAUUGUUCCCAAGUGGAACGACGGCGUCAUCUCGUUCCGAAAUGUCUUUGUGUCCCGACGACCUGGGCAGAUCAAGUCCUCUGUGAGCAAGGGAUCAUCUACCAGCGCUGCUGCGGUUGCAGCCGCCGGACGUCAGCACGAACAUGAUGCCGAAGCGACGCCGGAAGAUGACGGCAACUACACGCAAUUCGACGUGACCAUCGCCAACGUCAAUGUCACGCUGUCCUUCCUCAAGUGGUGGAACGGCAAGGGCUUCCUCCAGGAUGUCGAGGUAAAGGGUGUGCGUGGUGUCGUGGAUCGUACAUCAGUUCACUGGUCUGACGAGCCCGUGGACCCCCUCUCCUAUCGACACGAGCACCAGCCGGGCGAUUUCGAAAUCGACUCGUUCAAGCUCGAGGACGUCCUGGUGACGGUUCAUCAGCCAGGGGGGUUCCGCCCCUUUUCUGUGAGCAUCUUCUCGGCGGAGUUGCCGCAACUUCGGAAACGUUGGCUCUUCCACGACUUCCUCUCUGCGACGCACAUGUCAGGAUCCUAUGAUGGCUCCCUGUUCACUAUUCACCCUCGCCAAGUGCAUGGCGCUAUGGCAGGCGACAACCGCGACCUUGUGGAGAGCCUGGGCGACGAGAAUGUGUGGAAAAAGUUUAGCCGUCUCCGUAUCGACGGCAUGAAGCUCGACCACCUGAACCGUGGCGUCGACGGACCCUUUGGCUGGAUAUACGAGGGCAAUGUCGACAUUGUCGCCGACGUCAUGUUCCCGGUCGACGCCGACGAGGGGGAUCAGUCCUCCGCGAACCCCGGCGACGCGGAAGAAGACGACCGCCGCUACCUGAUUAUGGAUCUCCGCAUCCACAUGAACGACAUCAAGGCCGCCGUGCCCCUCUUCACGAACCAAAUGUCGUACAUCAACCAGGCCCUCGUCCGCCCCAUUGUCGCCUACAUCAACGCCAAGAAGACGUACAUUCCCAUCUCCUGCCGCAUCGUCAAGCGCGCCUCCGACUUUGACGGCUCUUGGACCGUCUUUGACUGCGGUCUCAUGGACGACCUCUCUGCCGAGACGUACGAGGCCUUUGCCCGCGACGUCGAGAACCAACAGAGCCGCGUCCGCCGGUUCCGCAAGGUCGGCUUCUGGACACUCAGCCUGGCCGUGCACGCCCUCUUCAUGGGCAUGGCCGGGAACGUUGUCUGA